AUGGGGGAGGGGGGACAGCAGGAGCAAGACGACGAAGACGACGACGAAGACGAAGGGCAAUGGACCUAGGAGUACGUCUUGGGUAAAGCAGCAGAAUGGGCUGAGAAACUUGUUGCCCACUCGUCGUUCAGCUCAAAUUCUCGUGACCCCGAACCUCCAUCCGAUGCAUACAAAGAGACAUGAAGCCACGCCACCACGCCCACGCCCAGCUUCAGCCCGAGCCUAGUUCCCAGGUAGCCCACUUGGGGCCCACCCCAGCCGGUGUGCGGCGAUGGUGGUCAAGUGGUUGAGCUCAUGACUGGGAGGGGAAAGGCCGCCGGGCCGAGAUGGGCCCGAUUUGGCCAGAAUCCGGUCUAGACUGGACCAUGGAGUACGUGAGAACAAGAUGAACAAGACAAACAAGAUCAACCAAAGCCAGAUGAAUGGAUCAACCCGAGGCAGGCAGUCGGGUCAAAUACGCCGCGCGGGACCGUCCAUCAGUCCAUCAGUCCAUCAUCCACAACAUCCGAGUCCAAUUGCAAGGCACGCACGCACGCACGCACGCUCCCAAGCUCGCGGAUGGCCCCGGGCUUCUUUCCGAUCACAGCAAUAGCCAAGGAUGGAUAGAUGGAUUGAUUAAGUGGGACCCCCGAUCACUCGAUCCUCUCGUUCGCCUCAUCGGACCCCUCCCAUGGAGACCCAUCGGUCUGUGGGUCGCGAGCGCUCGCCUCUGUGUGUCCCUUCGAGUCUGAGCGCCCUCUGUCCCCGUCCCCGUGGAGCCAGGCCAUGACCUCGAAGGCCGUCCGACCCGCCGACCAGGCUUCGGACGACGAACUCAAUGACCUCUUGGAUGAGGCCUUGCACGAUUUCCAGCCCCUGCCCGAAAUCCAAGUGUCCAGUCUGCCGUCCAGUCCCGACGAGCCCGACGAGACUCCGGACCGGCCCGGGAUCGUGCCGCCCAAUUCUUUUGUCGACGCUUCGGCCUUUGCCGCCGCUUCCCAAGGGCGGCAGUUGCCGGCGUCGGCCCUCCAACGCGGACUCCGGGUCAACGAGCCCGUGUCUCCGCCCCCCAACUCUUGGGUCGAAGGGGGUGGCUUCUUUCCGCCCAAUGUCGGGGCGGGCGGUGGAUCGGACGGCGACUUGGCCGCCUUAUUCGAUCGCAUGAAGUUGUUAUGCCAGACUGCCGGCGAUCCGGCGCCGGGCCCGGGCCCGGACUCGGGUCCGGCCGUGCUCCCCAUGAUGGAGGCCGUCAUGCAGUCCCUCUUGUCCAAAGACUUGUUGUACCCGGCCAUUCGCGACCUCAAUGAAAAGUUUCCGGCUUGGUUGGCGUCGCAUCGCGAUUCUUUGCCACCCGGCGAAUGGCAGCGAUUCCACGACCAAUACGAAGUCACGCGCCAACUCCGAGACAUUUUCGAGGCGGAUGAAUCCACCCAUGAAGACCCGCCGCGGUUUCAGAUUGUAAUGGAGCUCAUGGAAAAGAUUCAAAGUCUCGGUCACCCGCCCACCGACUUGGUCGGUGCAGCCUCGGAGGCCGGACCCCACUUCGAUGAAGCCACUUUAGAGUCGGCCUUAGGUCACCCGGAUCAAUGCAAAAUGUCCUGAGAAUUGAUGUUAACGACGGUUUGUAUGAAAACCCUUUUUAUAUAGUCUAAUAAAAUGAAACCUAAUGAAUGAUUGAACGACGAAUCCGCCUCCUCACCCAUGCCUUGAUCAGGAAUACCUUUUACAG